UUCCAAGACGUUCCCGGCUUUUCCUGCCCGUUGUCUCGACUCCCAGCAAAUAUUAUCGAUGUGCUAUAAAUUGAGGUCAAAUUCUUCUCAUGAUUGCAGGAAGAUUAGGCGUGUCUCUAUCAGAAUGUUGACAACUUCAUCCCCCCGUACCUUUAGACCUUCCCGUACCUGUAGACCUGCUUUCUCUCUGAGUGCAAGAACUUCGUCGAGCUCUAUAACCGCAAAUUCAAAGAAACCUUUGUUCCAGGAGCUCCAGAGGCAGCUUUCUUUGAAGAUUGAUGAUGCCUCGCAGAUACUGAAGAAUGCACCACACAGGCUUUUGGAUGCAAUAGUUGACUCAACCUUCAAAUUUACUGCUCAGGCUCUGCUCCCAUCUGAGAGCAACUUUGCACCAGUUGAUGAGAUCGGUGGCUCCACAGAGAUACUCCAGAUUGAAGGAGAGAUACCUGAAGAUUUCCCGGAAGGCGUAUACAUCAGAAAUGGUUCCAAUCCCCUCUUUGGCGCCCUACAUUCAACUAUGUCAGUCUUUGGAGAGUCCAAUGAGAUAUGGGUUGAGGGAGAGGGCAUGCUCCAUGCCCUCUACUUCACCAAGAACUGUUCAGCUUCUUGGUCAGUCUCAUAUGCCAACCGCUAUGUGCAAUCUGAAACAUUGAAGAUAGAAAAAGCUCGCCAGAAACCAUGCUUCCUCCCUGCAAUUGAGGGUGACUCUGCAGCCAUCAUCGCCGCUUAUAUCCUAAACUAUCUGAGGUUUGGCGAGGUGAACAAGAACAUUAGCAACACCAAUGUGUUUGAACAUGCAGGUAGGGUGUACGCUGUUGCUGAGAGCCAUCAGCCCCAGGAAAUCUGCAUACAGAAUCUUGAGACAGGCAAUACCUGGGACAUUCAUGGGGAAUGGGAUCGGCCCUUCACAGCUCACCCAAAGGUAGCUCCUGUUACAGGGGAGCUUGUCAUCUUUGGUUCAGAUGCAAAGAAGCCUUUCUUAGUUGUUGGGGUUGUCUCUGAUGAUGGAACCAAACUAAAGCAUAAAGUUGACCUCAAGCUGGACAGGUGUACACUUUGUCAUGACAUAGGAGUUACUCUGAAGUACAACAUAAUCCUGGAUUUACCACUUACUAUUGACAUUGGUAGACUCACUACAGGCGGUCAGCUGAUCGAAUAUGAGAAGGAAGGUUAUGCCAGAAUCGGGAUUAUGCCUCGCUACGGUGACGCAGAGUCAGUUAUUUGGUUUGAGGUUGAACCACUCUGCAUGUUCCAUCUUACCAACUGCUUCGAAGAUGGUGAAGAGGUUGUUGUCCAGGGCCUCCGUUCAGCUGAUUCCAUCAUACCAGGGCCAAGACUUCGGCUAAGCAAACAUGAUAUGCCCCCUGAAAGAUCCGAGCUUACAAGAUAUGGCAAGACUAUGAAACAAGGAAUUAAUGAGAAAUUAUUCUCUCGCUUAUAUGAAUGGAGAUUGAACCUGAAAACAAAGACUAUUUCAGGGGAAUAUUUGACUGGAACAGAGUUCUCACUAGAAUUCCCAAUGAUCAACAACCACUACACAGGCGUGCAUCAUAGUUAUGCCUAUGCACAAAUAGUGGAUUCUUUAACAAGACCUGAUGGUAGUCACGAGAAAGUACUCCCAAAAUAUGGAGGUUUUGCAAAAAUAUGCCUUGCAGACAGACAGAAUGUAAAUAAAGAGACCUCGGAAGAAGAUUUAAUAAAGAUGGAGAAGCAUUGGCUUGGUGAAGAUCAGUUCUGCUCUGGAGCAUCAUUUGUUCCAAGAGUUGGUGGCUCGCAUGAAGAUGAUGGGUGGAUAAUUUCUUUUGUGCAUAAUGAAAGAACUAAUAAAUCACAGGUGCACAUUAUAGACACCCGAAGAUUUGAAGGUGCUCCUGUUGCAAAAAUAACAUUGCCACAAAGAGUACCCUAUGGAUUUCAUGGAACUUUUGUUCAUACCAACGUAAAUGGGUGCAUGAAGACCAAACCAGCAAAAAAAUGGACAGCUUAAAGUUUAAAUAUUGAACUGGGCAUCUGUAAGUAGCAUAGUUUUCAUGUGCCUUGAAUGGUUAUCGUACAGUAUAAUUGUAAUUACCAUCAGCUUUGUAGGUUAUCUGAUCGAAUUGUUUCCCAAGAGUAAGGAAACUGUGUUCAGCUAA